CAAGAAAGAAACAGGAACUAUGUAUCCCUGCUCACCAUCUAAUCAUGCCAAUACACGGUUGACUCCACUCUGCCAGGACCAGGCCCCACUCUCUCCACCAAUCCGGAUUCCCAAUCCCUACAACCAACCGAGUCUCCCCCGCGCAUUCCUGCCUCCAUCCUUCCACCGACAACUAACCAACCUCGACACCGUAUGGCGGUUCCUACAACUCCAAUAUCAUGCCCCCGAAGAAGAAGCUUCGGACUGAGCCGAUCGUGCGCGUGCGAACAGGCUGUUUUACCUGCCGUCGCCGCAAGAAGAAAUGCGAUGAGAACCGCCCCGCGUGCGGGGGAUGUGUGCGUAAUAAGUUGAUCUGCAACUGGCCGUCUCAAAGAAGGGAGAAUCUGGACGAAGAUGAUGCUGGAGAGGAACUCCUCCCGCAUCUAUCUCCGUCGGCAGAAACAGACCGGGGCGCGUCGACGGAGACUUCUCCGGAUUCUUCCUCCGCGGGAUUGGGGGCUAGUCCUGACGAUGCUGUCGUCGACGAGGAGAUCCUGGCUCCCCUGGUACCUGUCGAAUGUACCCAUCCAUCACCAUCGUCAUCCAUGGAGUCAACGGGCUCAACCUGGCCGACAACAGUCAGCACCAUUCUCCCCCGCAGCCUGUCCAUGCUCCCCGGCUACAGCCCCGACAGCUUCGAGCUCCUCAGCCACUACCUAGCCACAACAGCCGACUGCAUGGCGAACGGCUCCACGCCCGUCAACCCCUUCCUAGUGCAGAUCGUCCCGCUAGCCUUCACCAGCGACCUACUCCUGCAGCUAGUCCUGACGCAGAGCGCCGCCCACCGGGCCUUCCGGCGCCAGCGCGACCACCACCAGCAGCACCAGCCCGACGACGCCGUAGCGCAGGGCCACUACACGCGCGCGCUGCGUCUUUUCCGGCGCGGCGUGACGGACUUUCUUGACGGGAAGGAGACGAACCCGCUCAUGCUGACGGUCGGCGCGCUUGUUAUGUGUUUCACUGAGACGGCUAAGGGCGAUAUCACGGGGACGAUCUUUGACCAUUUGUCCGCGGCUAACUCGCUGCUUACCCGGUUGCUGUCGCUCAGUGAUGCUGCCGUUCCUGCUGAGCUGAAGGCUUUUGUGAUUGAAUAUUACACUUAUACUGCUGCGACCAGCAUGAUCUCCAUCGAUGCCCGGCUUAGCGCUCAGCUUUUGCUGGAUUUCGACCUCGAACAGCGCGCUCGCCAGCUCUCUGACAGGCAGUACGUCGGGAACCUCUGCGGCUGCUGGAUGGAGCUGCUCCUCCUCAUCCCCUGUAUCUUCGACCUCGGCCGACAGUGGAUGCGCAACGAUGCCGAUAACAACACCAACACCAACAACAAUAACAACCGCCCCCCUCCGCCGACGACAUCGCCAUGCCGCAUCUUCCAGCAAGCAAUGCUCCUCUACCUCUACACAGCGCUAACGCCAUUCUCCCGGCGCGACGACAGCAGCCCCGCACCAACAGGAUUGGUCGGCAUGCACCGGGCGCAGAUAGACGCCGCCGUGCUCGAUGCACUGGCCUACCUCGCGCAGCUGGACGCCACCGCGCGCAUCAACUCCGGCCUCUGCUGGCCGAUCGUCGUCGUGGGGUCUUGUCUCGCUGACACCGCGCACCAGGACUCGCUGCGUCGGAGGUUAGUCGCUAUGGUUGAGCGGUUCGGGCUCGGUAAUAUGCAGCGGACGCUGCUUCUUCUCGAGCAUAUGUGGCGUGUGCCGCCUGAUCAGGCUGGGCCGUGGAAUAUCUGUCGGGCUAUGGAACGGACGCAGAUCUGGAUCUCGUUUGCUUGA